AGGACUUGGCACAUAGGCACGCUCUAGGGCGCGGGACUCAGGCUCUCUUGCACUUGGAUGCUGGCCAGGACCCCAGCAUCACUGUAAUCCAUUGAUGAAGGAGAUCAUUACCAGAUUUCAGAUGCUCACCAGGUUUCCCCUGAUUGCCAAAAUUCAAGAUCACUACACAUGGAUCCCCCAAAUCAGCAUGGCAGUGGCAGGUCAUCAGUUGUGAUCCAGCAGCCUUCUUUAGAUGGCCGACAGAGAUUAGACUAUGAGAGAGAGAUUCAGCCUACUGCUGUUUUGUCCUUAGACCAGAUCAAGGCCAUCAGAGGCAGCAAUGAAUACACAGAAGGGCCUUCAGUGGUGAAAAGACCUGCUCUUCGGACAGCACCAAGACAAGAAAAGCAGGAAAGGACUCAUGAAAUCAUACCAGUUAAUGUGAAUAACAACUACGAGCACAGACCUACAAGCCAUCUAGGGCAUGGAGGACUCCCAAGCAAUGUCAGGGGCCCCAUUUUGAGCAGAUCCACCAGCACUGGAAGUGCAGCCAGUUCUGGGAGCAACAGCAGUGCCUCUUCUGAGCAAGGUCUAUUAGGAAGGUCACCACCAACCAGACUGGUCCCCAGUCAUAGGUCUGACAGGGCAAUCCGGACCCAGCCCAAGCAACUGAUUGUGGAUGACUUGAAGGGUUCCUUGAAGGGGGACCUGACCCAGCACAAGUUCAUUUGUGAGCAGUGUGGGAAGUGCAAGUGUGGAGAGUGCACAGCUCCAAGGACCCUGCCCUCCUGUUUGGCCUGUAACCGGCAAUGCCUUUGCUCUGCCGAGAGCAUGGUGGAAUAUGGAACCUGCAUGUGCUUAGUCAAGGGCAUCUUCUACCACUGCUCCAAUGACGACGAGGGGGAUUCUUACUCGGAUAAUCCUUGCUCCUGUUCACAGUCACACUGCUGCUCCAGAUACCUGUGUAUGGGAGCCAUGUCUCUGUUUCUACCCUGCUUACUCUGUUAUCCUCCUGCUAAGGGGUGCCUGAAGCUGUGCAAGGGCUGUUAUGACUGGAUCCAUCGGCCAGGGUGCAGAUGCAAGAACUCCAAUACUGUCUAUUGUAAACUGGAGAGCUGCCCUUCCCGGGGUCAGGGUAAACCAUCAUGAGUUUUGGAGGUGGGUUGGGCCUCCUGAACUUCUAGCUUUCAAGGUGUGGCUGUUAAAAAAGAUCUUAUUAGAUACUGACUUUCUUCUCUUUAGAGUUUUUCUUGUCUCCUGCCUUCUCUUCCCUGUUCACAAGGUUUGACUCAUGGAUCUUGCUGUCCUCUUAAGGAUGGUCUUCAGGAGGAGUGAACUGUGAAACUGCACCUGGCUCCCACUUAGGACAAGAGCCACUACAUCCACUCAAGGGGGAUGGAGAGGCAGUGGGCUUUUGUGGAGCCUCUUGGUUCUGCAAGCCACUUUCCAAAGUUGUGGUUAUGAACACAUACACAGACUGCAGUAAUUUAGAGCUUGUUUGAUUGGGUACUGUACGAGCAGGAGAAAUUGGUUUUUGAAAGAAGCAACUGUUUACUUGCUUAAAUAAGCUAUGUAUGGAAUUCUCCAAUUAGAGUUGUCUUCCUAGCGUUGGACCCUUCUGUAGCAUGGGAAGAUGUAUUUUUGUCAUAACAUAAAGUUUCCCUUUAACACCUGCCCUCUCCUCUUUGUCCCUCAGAGUUCUCUUCCCUCAGUUUUGGCAUUGCCUUAGUCUAGAAAUGCCAGGUGGGUUUUCCUCCUCUUUCUUUCUGUGUAAUUUUAGAUUUGAUUUACAGUGUAAAUCUUCACAUUGGAGAUACGUCCGUUGUAACUUGUUCUUUCUUAUUCUGGCUUUCAUAUUUGCGAAAGACUCGACUGCUUUCCCUCCACACCUACACUCUUCACCAAAUUUUUGUUGUUGCUGAGGUCACUUGGUUUCUGAAGUAGAAAUUUAUAGCUGAUCAAUCUGUAGGUGUCACAGAACUGUGCCGCCUGUCAUGGUCUUGGCUCCUUAACGGUCCUUUUGGCUCCGUGCUUAGUUAACAGCUGAGUAAUUCUAAUCUCUCCUGUGUUUUCAUUGCCUUAGCCACAAAUUGUGGUGCUUUUUGUAUAUUUUAUGUAUAAAUCACAAAGUUUAAUUCUGACUAUUUUUAAGACAAAAGUCUGUUAAACUUUUUUAUUGUAAAGAAUAUUUAUUAUGCGAAUCUAUUAUUUUAUGAUAUUUAUUGCAAAAGACUGUUGAAAUGUACUCAUGUCUGAAUAUAACAAAAUACCAAUACUUAACGGAAAAUAAGGUGACAGGAAGAAAGUACAUAUGUUAACUAUAAUGCAGAAAAUAUAUUAAUUAACGAAACUGUC